AUGUUUUCCGUGUUCAAGAAACUGACGAACAAAAAUGACGGUCCGGCCGUGUCGAUUCCGGAGUCGGUCGGACAGACCAUGUCGGAUUCGCUUAAGAAGCGAUUUUCGCGAGGCGUUCAAUACAACAUGAAAGUAGUCAUCAAAGGUGACAGGAACGUGGGUAAAUCGUGCCUGUUGGAGCGGCUGCAGGGCAAGGCGUUCAUCGAGCAGUACACACCCACCGAGCAGAUACAGGUCGCGUCGAUCCAGUGGUCGUUCAAAGCUACGGAUGACGUCGUCAAGGUGGAGGUAUGGGACGUGGUUGACCGAGGAAAAUCAAAGCAGAAAAGCUCCAAUUUGAAGCUCACGACUGGGCCAGGCGCUGAGCCAGAAAUACCGGUGCUGGAUGCGGAGUUCCUCGAUGUUUACAAGGGUACACACUGCGUUGUGAUGGUGAUGGACAUCACGAAGGCAUGGACAUUCGAUUACGUGUGCCGGGAACUGCCAAAGGUGCCGGUUGACAUACCGGUGCUGUUGCUGGGCAACCACUGUGAUAUGGGCCAUCAUCGGGUGAUUACCUCGGAGCAGGUGCACGGGUUCGUGGAGACCGCUAGUCAGGAGCGCAACGCUGAGAUCAUCUACGGUGACAGCUCGAUGCGUAACGGCUUCGGGUUGCGGUUGUUGCACAAAUUCUUCGGUAUUCCUUUCCUCUAUCUGCAGAAGUGUGCUCUCGAGGCUUCGUUGCGAAAGAACGCACAAGACCUAGACAUCUGCCGGCUUGAAAUCGACGAAUUUCAGAAAUCAGAAGAUUCCGAUUACGGUCGGUUCUUGGACAAUCUCAUCAGUAAAAAGAAAGCCCGGGAAAGCUCCUCUGCCGCAGGCUCCCCACCAGAUUCGUCCACUAUUCGUCCGACGAAGAGUAUCAUUCUCGGUGCAGGACAUCCUAUUAUCGUGCCGGAUCGCAAUUCGCACCUAGCAGUGGCCUCUACCAUGGCCGUAAAUACGGUAAAGAUGACUUCGCAGCGACAAGAGCAACCUCAGCGAAGUUCCACCAUGACCACACUGUCAUCCGACAUGAGCUUUGGAAAGAUAGACAAUGUGGAUGAGUUCUGUCCCGACGGUGGAGUGUUGGAUAAGUCGUUCCUAGAAGACACGCUAGACGCCGGCCCUGGACGGCAGCCCACGAUGCUUGCUGCUCCGGGAGACAGUGAUGACGAGGAGGACGACCACCACAACCCGCUAGUGUCCAGAUUCGACGACGAAGACCCCGGUGGAGAACCUGUUGAGCCCGACUCAAGCGCCGCUAAGUUGACCAGUGGCAUAACGAACAUGGCGGCUUCUAAUCCGCUGCGAGGGAACGGAGAUUCGUCAGCGAUCGUGGUGCUCGCACCUUCCGUCACACACUGCGAGAAUGCUGAAGCUAGUGAGCGGAAACUUUCACUCUCAAGUGUCGAACUGGAGGUAGAACGGAUUGCCCCAGAAGCCAAAGGAAAGCUGGACGUGAACUACGAAGGCUGGGCUCCGAUUGAUACCAAAGAGCGCCGAUCGCCGGAAGGAGGAGAGGACGUCGUGUCGACCUCGUCGGUGAGCCGUUCAAAAAGUUCCUCCGAGAAAAAGUCGAAGGACAAAGACAAGAAGCACAAGAAGAAAAAGUCCAGCAAGGAAAAGGACGACGGGCGAAGCAGUGAAGGUAAGCACCACCGAAGCAGCAAACGGAAGAGCCACGUCGAUGAGUUUCUCAAAGAGAUGCAAUCGAACGCGCUCGAGGACGAAGAUGAUACUUAUGAAGCGCUCUGAGAUUCAACUGCCUCGUUCUGUCCCCGUCCCCUGUUCCAUUGUCGAUCUUCUGACCGUCCCCAAGAUAGGCACUAACACCAGUUUCCUUGUGAAUUUAAAAUUCUCAUAUUCCACUACGAUUGUUAUGCUUAAUUGUCACUAUCGUGCUACAGCCUAACGUAACUGAUAAGGGAAGCGAGCA